AACUGAACUGAUCGUCGUCAUCGUCAUGCAUCGGUUUGCGUCCAAGAAGAGAAGGCAGCUGAACAACUUGUUUUGAGCGCGUUUCGGAGAGCGACCCACUGGAGAGAGAUCCAGCUGGUGCCGAGGCUAGAUGUCGUAAUACCCAAUCAGUAGCCUCGCCGCUUUUGUUUUUAUCGUGCUUUGUAUUCACGUACUGCAUGGCUAAGUUUGCCUUUCAUGCGGCCUCACAGGAUAAACUUAAUGCUGAUGAUUCAACCGGACCGGGCUAACCGACAACAAAAGACCAAACCCAAAACAAUGGAAACCUGAUACGGGGAACCCUUAGAACAUAUCGCCCUUCUCAAUGUUGCCACACAUGGACUGCCGAAUCACCCACCAACUUGGCUAAGCAAAUCAAAUUGAAUGGAUUACAAGAGCAGUUCGCUAAUCAAAUUUUAAAAUGUUCGCAGAGUCGCCACUCCAAAGCCAAGUCACACCUAGAUAUGCCCGACUUAUAGAUCCGUAAGAUAGGCAACCUGGCACCCAGCCUGUACUCCACAGAAUGCUAGCAGACACAAUGACCAGUGAGCCAGCGCUUAGUUGCUAUGAGCCCCAGAGCUUGCAAACGCCAGGAGACGACGUGGACUCGCUCUCCUCGCUGUCGGAUAACCUGUCGAUUUGGAUCGACGGCGAGGAGCACUGGAUAUCCGGCGUGGACGCCAGCACCACCUGCGCAGAUCUUAUCUGCGCGUUAAUCAGCUAUCAAACAGUCCAGACAGACAAACAGAUGUUUCGGCAGGAAGGGCUCGCACUGCGCACGCAGCAGGAGUUCGCCAUUGUACAGAAACAGCAGCACUACGAGGAGUAUUUGGACGGCAAUGCCAGGCUCUUUGAUGUUAUCACCAGCCGUCACGCUUUGCCCAGGGAGGAAUGCCAGCUCCAGCUUCGCCAUUUGGCCUCUUCGGCUCGCAAGCACACCCCAACAACGGACGCGGACAGUGGAAUGGGCAGUCCAGUGGACAGUUCGCGGAGCAUGCGCUUUCGGCGGAGGGGAAAGCACAAGGUACUGCCCUCCGCCAAAACCACUGACAACAGCCACACCAAGCAGCCAAAGAGAAGCCGGAAACUGCAGCAGAGGAACUACCACAUGACUCCGAACGAGAGUCUGCUGAACAUUAUCCUGGCCCAGGACGAGACCAUACUCCAGCAGAUGUCAAUGUUGCACGAGAAAGAUCGCCAGAUUCUAAAAAUCGAGGUGGAAAAGCACCGAGUGCGGGAACGAGAGCUGGGUAAAAACUAUCUGCUCGAGACGUACCUGAAGGACUUGGAUGAGCCCCAGGAAAACAGUCCAGACCCAGAAGAAUUUGAAGAUGGGAUAGUGAGGUUACACGAGGAUGGUAAUGAUGGAAUUAGGACAGAUAAGGACUGCAAAACGUCAAACGACGGUGACACCGUCAAGGACGAAACCCGACUGUAUUGGAUGGAGAAGAUCCACACGGUAAACAAACAACUGCAGCGAGAGGAGGAGCUGCUGCUCAGCCUGCACGUUAAGGUGCGCAGACACCAGGUGAAGCGGGCGUACCAGACAAAGAGCGAGGUGCUACUGCAAAUUGAUAGACUCGACACUGAGUUGGCGGCUCAGGUGGAGGAUAUUCACCGAGUGGAACGGAAACUUUUCACGGCCAAUGAGCAGCUAAAAGCCAAGUUGGGAGUACUUGAGUGUUUGGGUCGCGAAUUCGAGACAACGGUAACUGGGAGCGGCAGAGGAGCGGCUACUGCCGUUGACUGCGAAGAAACUGCAGGAGGGGAUCCGUGCCAACCUCCCAAGCACCAAGCAGAUGAACUCUGUGACUCUGGGCCGCCAAUACUUGGGCGUUUUAGAGACCAACACAACCGCCGCGUGACGCAACAAGGAUUGACGGAAAGUAACUUGAAGGCUCGGCAAAUGUCCAACAAGGGAUUAUCGAAGCAAAUGUUCAUAGUGAGCGGCUCAGCAAAUCCUGCUACCGCAACCAGUGUACCUAAAGAUGAAUUCGGUCUCAAAAAGGCAUUCGCGGUCGUUUCGGAAAUGGACCUCCAACACUUAGGCACCCUGGUUUAAAUUGAGCGAGACCGCUUCAACUGCUGCAUGAAACCCGCAUUGGGCUGAAUGCACGGCCUCCAGGACUUGACCAGAUUGUACGCAUCCUCGUAGCACAUGUCCCGCCGCUGCAUCAAAUAGCCGAUAACCACGGAGGCGGAUCUCGAGAC